AUGGACGCCGCCAAGGAAAAGGUCAAGUCCUUCUUGAACAAGUCCGGACACCACGACACCUCCGUCCACGAGACCGUCGCACCCGCCGUCACCCAAGAGACCGUCAACAAGACCGAGCACCAGAACGUGACAACCGCCGUCGACAAGGAAGUUCACCAAGACCACUACCACACCUCAAUCCAGCCCGUCAAGGACACCGAGGUCCUCCCCGAGACCCACCACCACAAGGUCAUCCCCGUCGAGCACCGCAAGAUCGAGCACGACGACCACGAGAAGAACAAGCACCACCUCGCGACCCAGGCUGCCCAGUUCAAGAACGAGUCAGUCCGCGUUGAGGGUCAGCACACGGCGAGCGUGAAGCCCAUCGUUGCAGGCGAGCACGUGCACCACCACGUCCACGAGACGAUCCAGCCCGUCGUGCAGAAGCAGACCAUUGAGCCUCACGUCGUCCACACCACCGUCCCCAUCCACGAAGUCCAUCACAACGCUGCCCAGCACCACAGCGCCACCGCCCUGCCCGCCGUCAGCAUGGACGAGUUCAAGCGCCAAGGUGGUAGUCUCACCGGCCGCGAAGAGCGUACCGACGGAUUCAAGGGCGAGCCUCGCACCGAAGGACACAUCUUCGGCGGCGAGAAGGCCGGCCAACAGCCCUUGUAA